AUGUCCCAGGCUGCCAUCUCAGGUCCUCAACCGCUGGUUUGCUCCAAGUGCCUAAGAGGAUGGCAACUAAAAGACAUGGCGAGGCAGCUUUCUGCUUCUACGGCCCGACAGCCUGGAAUAAACUUCCAGUACACCUUAGACAGAGGUCGGUACCGCAGUCAGAGACCAGAGUGUCCAGGAUCCAGCUGUCUGUCUAUGAAGAGUGACUGGUCCAUGGACAAACCUGUAGGGUUCAGUAAAGAACCUGGAACUUCAGACACAAAAACAAAAGCAAAUUCUGCAGCCUCCAGGUGUCGGUCUACGAAGAGUGACGUCUCCAAAGAUCUACCUGACGACUUCAACAAUGAACCUGCUCCGAGGAAACGGAGCUCAUACCAGUCGGCUUCUUCGGAAUAUCUGGGAUAUGGAAAAAGAUCCAGAGCAAGUCCUCCACAAGCAGACGCCGGUCUGCAGGAGGUCCUAGAUGAACAUAAGACCAGUCUGAGGAGCAGAUGUGAACAUGUGACUGAAGGAACUGAUGAACCAGGAAGUAGAACCCCCCUCAACAGGAUCUACACGGAGCUCUUCAUCACAGAGGGACUGAGUGAAGAGGUUGAUACCCGACAUGAGGUGAGGCAGCUGGAGACAGCUUCCAGGAUGAAGAGCCUCCAUGACGCUCCAAUCAGGUGCCAGGACAUCUUUAAAGCCUUACCUGACCAACGUGGAGCCAUCAGAGUGGUUCUGACCAACGGCGUCGCUGGCGCUGGGAAAACCUUCUCGGUUCAGAAGUUCUCUCUGGACUGGGCCGAGGGCUGGGAGAACCAAGACGUCACCGUGGUGAUUCUGCUCUCGUUCAGGGAGCUGCACCUGAUCAGAGAUGAGCAGCUCAGUCUUCUCAGGCUGAUCCAGGUUUUCCAUCCAUCGUUCCAGAAGCUCACAGCAGAGCAGCUGGCUGCCGGGAAACCGUUGUUCAUCUUUGACGGCCUGGAUGAAAGCAGACGUUCCCUGGACUUCAACAACGGUCCGGUCGUGUCUGACGUCACACAGAGCUCAUCGGUCAACGUGCUGCUGACCAACCUCAUCCAGGGGAACCUGCUUCCCUCAGCUCUCAUCUGGAUCACCUCCAGACCUGCAGCAGCCAAUCAGAUCCCUCACAAACACGUGGACAGGGUGACAGAAGUACGAGGCUUCACCGACGGCCAGAAGGAGGAAUACUUCAGGAGGAGGUUCAGGGAUGAAGAGCGGUCCAGCAGCAUCGUCUCCCACAUGAAGACAUCCAGAACCCUCCACAUCAUGUGUCAACUCCCGGUCUUCUGCUGGAUCACUGCUACAGUUCUGGACCACAUGUUGACCACAGAGCAGAGAGGAGAGCUGCCCAAGACCCUGACUGACAUGUUCUCCCACUUCCUGCUGGUCCAGACCAAGAGGAAGAAGAACAAGUACCAGGAGGGACAUGAGACGAGUCCACAGGAGCUGACGGAGGCUGACAGGGACCUUCUUCUGAAGCUGGGGAGGCUGGCGUUUGAACAUCUGGAGAAAGGAAGCAUCAUGUUCUACCAAGAAGACCUGGAGCAGUGUGGUCUUGAUGUCUCAGAGGCCUCGGUGUACUCAGGAGUUUGUACCCAGAUCUUCAGGAGAGAGUGUGAGGUCUUCCAGAAACCCGUCUACUGCUUUGUUCAUCUGAGCAUCCAGGAGUUCCUGGCUGCAGUCUACGUGCUCCACUGUUACUCCACCAGAAACAGAGAUGUGCUGAAGAACUUCCUGGGAGGAAAGUACAGACACUCAUCUCUGGAUGGCUUCCUGGAGAGAGUCAUGCAGAAAUCCCUGCAGAGUGAAAAUGGCCACCUGGACCUGUUUGUCCGCUUCCUUCAUGGUCUUUCUGUGGAGUCCAACCAGAGACUGUUAGGAGUUCUGCUGAACCAGACGAAGAACGAUCCAGAAACCAUCCAGAGAGUCAUCAACAACCUGAAGGAGAUGAACACUGACAGAAUCUCUCCUGACAGAAGCAUCAACAUCUUCCAGUGUCUGAUGGAGAUGAACGACCUCUCAGUUCAUCAGCAGAUCCAAGAGUUCCUGAAGUCAGAGAACAGAUCAGAGCAGGAACUCUCUGAGAUCCAGUGUUCAGCUCUGGCCUACAUGCUGCAGAUGUCGGAGGAGGUUCUGGAUGAGUUGGACAUGAGCAAGUACAACACAUCAACACCAGGGGGUCGACGGAGACUGAUUCCAGCUGUGAGGAACUGCAGAAAGGCUCGAUUUGUUGAGUGUGGACUCUCAAAGACUCACUGUGAAGUUGUUGCGUCUGCUCUGAAGUCCAACCCCUCCCAUCUGACAGAACUGGACCUGAGUCAGAACCCCCUGAAGGAUUCAGGAGUGAAGGUUCUGACUGGUGGACUGGAGAGUCCAAACUGUAGACUGGAGACUCUGAGGUCAGUGGAUACCACGAAGGUGCACCUAAUAAGUUUCAUCAACCAGUACUAA